CCGCCCGUCCGUCCGUCCGUCCGUCCGUCCCCGCGCCAGGCCCGGGCGUAGCCAGCCGACAGUCUCGCCGCCCCGCACGGUGUCGGGGGUGGGGUGGGAGGGACGGACAACAUGGCUGAUGACUUCGGCUUCUUCUCGUCGUCCGACAGCGGGGUCCCCGAGGCGGCGGCGGCGGCGGCCGAGGAAGACCCGGCGGCCGCCUUCCUGGCCCAGCAGGAGAGCGAGAUCGCCGGCAUCGAGAACGACGAGGAGGAGGCCUUCGGGGCACCUGCCGCAGGCCAGGUGUCCUCGGCCCAGCCCGGACCCACGGGGGGCGCAGGUUCUGAAGACAUGGGGACGACGGUCAAUGGCGAUGUGUUCCAGGAGGCUAAUGGCCCUGCAGAUGGCUAUGCUGCAAUUGCCCAGGCGGACCGACUGACUCAAGAGCCAGAGAGCAUCCGCAAAUGGAGGGAGGAACAGAAGAAACGCCUGCAAGAGCUGGAUGCGGCCUCGAAGGUGACAGAGCAGGAGUGGCGGGAGAAAGCCAAGAAGGACCUGGAGGAGUGGAACCAGCGCCAGAGCGAACAAGUGGAGAAGAACAAGAUUAAUAACCGGAUCGCUGACAAAGCAUUCUACCAGCAGCCAGAUGCUGAUAUCAUCGGCUACGUGGCAUCUGAAGAGGCUUUUGUGAAGGAAUCCAAGGAGGAGACCCCCGGCACAGAAUGGGAGAAGGUGGCCCAGCUGUGUGACUUCAACCCGAAGAGUAGCAAGCAGUGCAAAGACGUGUCGCGGCUGCGUUCGGUGCUCAUGUCUCUGAAGCAGACGCCGCUGUCCCGCUAGGUGCCCGCUGGGUAGCUGGGCCAUAGAGUAUGAGUUGUCAAGGGCCAGAGGAGAAGCAGUUGCUUGAGGCCACGGGGAAGUUCUUCCCCUGGCAGCUGCUGGGCACAGCUGGUUUGGUUCCUCUCCAUCUCCUGGGAUCGGGAAGGGGGGGCCCCCAUCCCUCUCUCCUUUCUGGCCCUCAUGCCUCCCCCCAAGUCCGGUCAGUUCUGAGUGUCCUUCCUGACAUGUUUUUUUUUUCCUUCUUGGCUUAAAGGGUGUGUUGUUAA